AUGUCUCCAACCCCCACAAUUCUCCUGAUAGGAACAUGCGACACCAAACUCCCAGAACUACUCUACACAAAAUCCCAAAUUGAAUCCGCAAACGCCACAGUCCUCCUAAUGGACGUAGGCCGCAACCCAACCACCCACGAAGCAAUCAGCAUCCCCCCAAGCGCCCUCUCCACCGAAUUUCUAGAUCUAACAACCCUCUCCCGCGCCGAGUACAUAACCACCCUAACACCGCACGCAAUCCAGAAAGUAACCACCCUGCACGAAACCCACCAAAUCCACGGCAUCCUCGGCAUCGGCGGCUCAUGCGGCACCACUCUAGCCGCAGCCGUAAUGCGCGACGCACUACCAGUGGGAUUCCCCAAACUUCUCGUGUCAACAAUGGCCUCCGGAGACGUGGCGCCGUAUAUCGGGGAAACAGAUAUCAGCAUGAUGUACAGCGUUGUUGACAUCGCGGGCCGGAACCGUGUUUUGGAAGGUGUUCUUGAUAAUGCAUCUGGUGGGAUUGUGGGGAUGGCGAGGAUGUUUUUGAAACGACAAGACAGAAAGAUCGAGUCUUCAGGAAUCAAGAUUGCGAUAUCCAUGUUUGGCGUUACGACGCCUUGUGUUAUGCGUGCACGGGAGCGACUUGAGGAGGUGUUGGAUGGUUGUGAGGUUUAUAUCUUUCAUGCUACGGGGUCUGGGGGGAGGGCUUUGGAGAGGCUUGUUCGGGAGGGACAGAUUGAUGCGGUGCUUGAUUUAACGACUACGGAGAUUGCGGAUGAGGUUGUUGGUGGUGUGCUUAGUGCUGGCAGUGGACGAUUGACUACGGCUACUGUGCGGGAUAUUCCGAGGAUCGUUAGUGUUGGUGCGUGUGAUAUGGUUAACUUUGGAGAGGUUGGGAGUGUUCCUGCUGCUUUUGAGGGGAGGUUGUUUUAUGAGCAUAAUGCGAGUGUUACGCUUAUGCGGACUACUAAGGAGGAGUGUGGGGAUAUUGGGAGGUUCAUCGCAGGCAAGUUGUUGGGGGAUUCGAGGCAUCAAGGUGAAACGAGGCGGACCAGAGUGGUCCUACCUAUUGGUGGGGUGAGCAUGUUGGAUAUUCCUGGUCAGGCAUUCUAUGAUCCAGAGGCAGAUGAGGAAUUGUUCUCAAUUUUGGAGAGGGAAUUGAAGGGCAGUGGGAUAUCAGUUGCGCGAGAUUGCCGUGACAUCAAUGAUCCUGACUUCGCAGUGAUGGUAGCAGAUGAUCUAGUCGAAUUAAUCCGCGGGCAAUAA